GUCACUGGCGGUGAGUGACAGGGCGGGGCGGGGCCCGGGGGAGGCGGAGUCAGACGGGCCGAGAGAGCCGAGCUGUGGAGCGCAGCUGAGGGGAGACCGCAGACACCGACCCGCUUCGGCCGCCGCUUGCCAGGUUUCAGUCUUGUGUGGAGUGAGAGAUGUGGGGUGUGCCUGAAAGCUGCGUCAAGCAGGUCUUGAGUCUAAACUUAACAAUGGGCAGAAUUUUCCUGGACCAUAUUGGUGGCACUCGCCUGUUUUCCUGUGCAAACUGUGAUACAAUCCUGACCAACCGCUCUGAGCUCAUAUCAACUCGCUUUACAGGAGCCACAGGGAGAGCCUUCCUUUUUAAUAAGGUGGUAAAUCUGCAAUACAGUGAAGUUCAAGACCGGGUCAUGCUCACUGGUCGCCAUAUGGUUCGAGAUGUGAGCUGCAAGAAUUGCAACAGCAAACUGGGAUGGAUCUAUGAAUUUGCUACUGAAGACAGCCAGCGCUACAAGGAAGGCCGUGUUAUCCUGGAAAGAGCCUUGGUCCGAGAGAGUGAGGGAUUUGAGGAGCAUGUUCCAUCCGAUAAUUCCUGAAGAGACUUCAGCCUCUUUCGUGGUUUUCUUCAGUGAAACUCAAAAAAUAAAAAUAAAAAAAUCAACAAAAAAAUUCUACUUAUAUACACUGUCACCUUAGCAUCAGAGUUGGAUUCAUUGAACUACGGACUGGGAAAGAUUGUGAGAAUUUCAGAUGGAAACUUCCUUUCUUUAUUCCUUUUAUUUUUUUCUCCCAACAGCUGUUUGUAGAGAAUGUUGUUCAGAUGCUAUAAUUUUUUUCUCCUUUGCGUUAACAUCUCUUAGAUCUGAGAUUGUAUUUGCAGCUAAUAGUGGGUUGAAAGGAAAAUAAUCCAGUUAUAUCUGUUAGAGAGAAAUCAAUGGGUUUUAGCAUGUAUAAACUCUGGUACAACAACAGAAAAUUAUUUUAAGUCUAAAGGUGUGUUUUAAUUUCCAAUUUUUGGCUUAAGUUUUAAACUUUUUUUUACCCAGUCAUUUCACCAGAUAUACUAGUUUAAGAAAAGGAAUCUGAAUUUGUGAUGAGUGCAAAAGGUUCAGUGUUGGUACGGCUUGUGCUGGCCGUUGUGCCAUAUUCUUGUUGAGGUUGAUCAGUAGCACAGAGCCCAUUUUUUCUUGUCAUUAUUGACCCAAAGAUGUCAACAGUCCUCAUUUAUUUGUAUAGUCCCUUUCACCAUAUACAUGUUGAUUGGAAACUAUUUUUGGAAUAGGGCAAAACUGCUUGGCUUUUUUUCUUUUAACUGAUGUAACUUAUAAGCAUAGUAAUAAUCUGUAAUAAGUGUCUGUUUAGUCUUGUGUUGCUUUAAAAAUCAGAAGCUGUUUGUGAUGAUGGGGUUAACUUAGUAACUAGUGUUGCGAUAGUGAAUUUUUUUUUCUUUCAUCUCUUUAUAAACCUCAUUAAGUAGACAAAUCUAUUGCAACUCUUAAUUCUUGUUCAAAUUUAUUUCUUUUUAACCCAAGACUUUGUGUUUAAAACAUAGCUACUGAGGAGGAAGAAGAGGAGAAUGCUAGCAUGUGCAUUCAUGCGUACAGCAUACAGUCUGCAACUUCUAAACUGCUUGUUUUCAAAUGCUGCUUCUGGUAUUGAAACUCUUACCUAUCUCAAAAUUUUGUUGCAUCUGUCUGUUGUGGUGAUUCACCUUUUGUCUUUCUCACCAUCAGAACAGGCUUGCCUGGUUGUUAAUUGACUUCAUUCCUGUUUCCUUCUGGUAGAAGUCAAUUGUUUUAAGAUACUGAAAUCUUACCUCUUGUCAAAAAUGUUCUCCAUUACCCUUUCUUAAGGGUGCCAAACAUAAUGUUACUUGGGGCUAUAUUGACAUCUUGCUAAGAACCCAAUGGCUGCACCUAAUCUGAAUGGUAGUUAUGUACUGUUCUUUAUCAGAAAUAAAUAUGCAUAGAUAUAGUUUCUGCCUGAA